CCAGCUAGCUGCUAGCUGUUUUUUUAACCAUUUUUUUCUUUGUGCUAAGCAACAGAAUUAAGUCAUAGCCAAACGAAAAUAAAUGACAAAAUAACGUUUAGCGAGCAGUCUGGAAAAGAGCAAGAAACAUGUUCCCUCUUAAUGACUCGCAGAUAUUAAAAAAGAGAAAAAAUUCCAGCGCUCGAACAAGGAGCACGAUGAAGAAAGCUAGCUCUCACAGCUACAGUCAUCUUUAACGUUUUAUUGGGAUUUUCUGUCCACUUUCAUGGAUUCUGGAUUCCACUUUAAGACCAAGAAAAUUGAGGAUCCAACUGUUGAAUUCCCUUUGUGUUGCGGUGCAGCUCUGAUCGCCACACACCUCUUUUGAGCAUCGUGCAUUUGGUCUUCAAGUCCUUAGACACGGCCCCUACGCCAAGCGCCGGUUCCAGUUUUGUAGCGCCACUCAGUGAAAUGGAUUGGGCCACACCGGCUGCCAAACUAAAUCCCUACACCCGUGCCCGCAUGACAGAGGCCUGGCAGCAGCAUGCUGUUGCUCCACCUCCUGUGGUGCACACCAUUCCUUCAGGAGCUGAGAAUUCAUUGGGAUGUACAGUGUACGGCAUUGUAUUGCAGCAUGAAGCCGCAUCGUUACAGCAGCAGCAGACCCAGCAUGUCCAGCACAGCCAGCAUCACAGCGGGUCUCAACAGCACGGUGGAGGGCAACACAGCCAGCAGCAGCAACAGCACCCUGCACAGGCCCAGCAGACCUCCAUACAGGUGGGAACGGAGGGAGGACACAAGUGCGGCGCCUGUGGGCAUGAUAUCUCACACUUGUCAAACCCACAUGAGCACCAGUGCAUGGUGACUCAGGACAGGUCCUUCCAGUGCACCCAGUGCCUGAAAAUCUUCCACCAGGCAACAGACUUGCUGGAGCACCAGUGUGUUCAGGUGGAACAGAAACCUUUUGUGUGCGGGGUUUGUAAGAUGGGCUUCUCCCUUCUCACGUCUCUAGCCCAGCACCAUACAUCUCACAACAGCACCAACCCCAUGAAGUGUUCCAUCUGCGAGAAGACCUACCGACCCGGCAGCUCCACACCCAACUCCUCAGGGGCCGGCGCCCAGCAGCCAAGUGUUGACAGGGCUUCAGCCAGCAGCAGCUCUUCCAUUCUGCCAUUUCCCUCGGCGCGGGACCGGCCGUACAAAUGCUCCAUCUGCCAGAAGGGUUUCAAACACCUGUCGGAGCUCACGCGACACGAGAGGGUGCACACGGGAGAGAAGCCCUUCAAGUGUGACACGUGUGACAAGGCCUUCAGCCAGUCAUCUCACCUACAGCACCACCAGCGGACACACAGCAACGAGCGGCCUUUCAAGUGUGCUGUCUGCGAAAAGAGCUUCAAGCAUCGCUCGCAUCUUGUGCGCCAUAUGUACGUCCACUCUGGGGAACACUUGUUCAAAUGCAAUCUGUGUGAGCUGCACUUUAAAGAGUCCUCUGAACUUCUUCACCACCCCUGUCACCCGCAGGGCUCCCGCCCGUUUCGCUGCGCCACCUGUGGGAAGGGCUUUAAACGGCCAUCUGACCUUCGUCAGCAUGAGCGGACGCACUCGGAGGAGCGGCCCUUCCAUUGUGAUGAGUGUCAGAUGAGCUUCAGGCAGCAGUAUGCGCUCGUACGCCACAGACGCAUGCACAAAGACCCGACCGACCGACCCUUUAAAUGCAACCUGUGCGACAAAGGCUUCAUGCAGCCCUCGCACCUUCUCUACCACCAGCAUGUCCAUGGGAUGGACAACCUCUUCAAAUGUGCAUCCUGCCAGAAAGAGUUCAGCCAGUCGGGAGAGCUGCUCAGACACAAAUGCGGCGAUUCACCAGCCAGCUCACCCGAAAAGCCGUAUAAAUGUGACGUUUGUGGCAAAGGUUACAAGAAAGGCUCCACGUUACAGCGUCACCAAAACUCUCACUGUCAGGAGAAGCCCCUGAAAUGCUCACUGUGUGACCGCCGCUUCCUGUCGUCCUCUGAAUUUGUGCAACACCGCUGCGACCCCUCGCGCGAGAAGCCACUCCGGUGCCCCGAGUGCGAGAAACGUUUCAAGUACUCGUCGGAUCUGAAUCGGCACCUGCGAGUGCACACGGGAGAGAAGCCCUAUAAGUGCGCCCACUGUAACAAGGGCUUCAAGCAGCGCGAGCACCUGAACAAACACCAGGCCACUCACUCCAGGGAAGGUCAGUUCAAGUGCGUCUGGUGUGGUGAACGUUUCAGCGACUUGGGCUCUUUACAGGAUCACACAGUGCAGCACACAGCUGACGGUGGGGACUACGCGGUGCCACAGUGUAUAUAGUUCAUCUCGUGACUUCUUCCUGAACGUCCUCUUUAUCCCUCUUAGACCACUUAGCCAGCCCCACUUUUACCACAUUUACAGGAUGGUCCGGGCUACUUUUAUUGCACUCAGUCGAAUAGCAGUGUCACAUCAGCGCCUUCUUGCAUUAAUAACCCAGAACCUAUCAUUCCGUAAGACCCACUCAAUGCCUUUCUCAUUCUUUAUGCUUAAACCUGUUCCUCCUCCAUUUCUCUGGCAUCAGAAUGCUGACAGUUGAUGGGAGCGAUGUUCAGUUUGAAGAUGUAGCUUCUAACUGUGGCGGACUGUUUUCUGAGGAAACAUUUGCCGUUAUGUAUGAUGAUUUGGCCAAACUUUUAGUUUUUUAUUUUAUAUAUAUAUACAUUUAAAGCCCUUCCACUCUUUUUCAGAAAAGUUAUAGUGCAGAAACUGUUUGUUUAAACAAACGGGACCGGCUAGAGACUGGCUAAUAGAGCACGUCAAAGUGUGUCUGACUCUUGUACACGUUCAUGCAACCUUCAUUAGUCUAAAAAUAAUUUGCAGUUUAAAGUUACUGUGGUAAAGCUGAAUCACUGAUACAUUUGUUUGUUUGUUUUUUAAGUCUGAUAGCUCCUUUUCUUUUGUCUGACCUCAGAUCGACCUGCUCUGUAUUUGUCUGGCUUUUAUUAUUUUAUUUUUAUAAUGUACAAAGUACCUCCAGUGCUCCAUAAAUUAGAUUUAUUUUUUUUCUUCCUAGGAAAUGUGAAAUGAAAAAAUUAGGAUUUAUUGUGCUAUCAGUGAAAUCAUUUAUGAUCCAUUGCAUUUAUCAAACGUUUAAUUACUUUUUUUUUCUUCUUAGAUUUAGUGUUGCAGCCUUAUGCUAAAAGCGUUUUAAAACUUCCCCCCCUCAUCAAUCACAUUAAUGCUAAAUGACAAAACAAACAGGAUUUUAGGGUUUUUUUUAAUUAAAUGAACAAGUAUUCAGACCCUUUUGAUUUGAAAUUUGACUGAGGUACAACCGUUUUAUGAGUUUCUACACACUGUAUGCAACUUUCCAAUUGUUUGUAAGUGGCACAGUUGACAUUUUGUUUUCACGCAAAAGCCAAACCUUUAAUGUCAAAAGAAUUACAGGGGAAUGAAGUACAGAAAUGUGUACAUCUUUUCAGCAAGCUAAUAGAUGGCACCAGAUGUCUUAAAAAAGGGUACCAUAGUCAUAUCUCUAAGAUCUCUAAUUAAAUUGAGGUGGAUCAAUGACGCUAACUCCACGAAAUGAUAAAUAUCACAAUACUUCUAUCACGAUUCGAUACAUAUCAUAACCCAUAAUUACAUCGCUGGUCACACUAAUUAAGUACAACGUAUUCUGUGGUGAAGUGUUUAACUUUACAAAAGCAAAUUAUUCUUAUAAGUUAUAUAAUACUUAUAAUUAUUAUUAUAAGCAUAAAUUGUAAUCCUGGAUGUUAUUUAUGGUUCUUCUGCAACAAUUUAUGGUUCUUCCGCAAGAGCUCAUCAUUUUUGACUUUUCAUGGUAUUGCGAUACUAAUCUAAAAAAAUAAUCUGAUUCGAUACAGGUUCCAAAAUAUGAUUAUCACGAUACUUGAUGAUUCGUUCUACCACUGGUAACUAAUGAGUUGUUUUUGUGCCUGUUGCUUUAAAGAUGUGUGCAUCCAUCUAUGGAUGAUACUACAUGAUUACUUGACACCAAGUCAUUGCAGACUCGAGAUACUUGGGUAAUAAAGUAAUCUCAUAGCUAAAUACCAUCAGCGUGAGCUAAAAGGACACCAACCUACUUUUUGUGCAUCAAAAAUCCAGGGGGAAUCAAAUGUCGCUGAGUUCCUUCCCACUGUAGCCAAGUGCUUGCUCAUAGGGGGUCGUUUUGACCGUUGGGGUUUUUCAUAAUUAUUGUAUGGCCUUGCCUUACAAUAUAGAGCGCCUUGGGGCAACUGUUUGUUGUGAUUUGGCGCUAUAUAAAAAAAAAGUUGAUUGAUUGAUUGAUUGAUUGAUUGAUUGAUUGAGUGCCCAAAUGCCGGUGCCACAGACCGAAUGUCUUCCCAUAAAAUUUGGUCCACCCUGCCUCUACCGCUCUUUUGUCAUUUCGGAGCUCAGCCACUUGUCCGAGACAGAGUCUUCACCCAAAGCGAUCACAUGGAUUAAUUGGAUUAUUAACCAUCAGAUGAUAAUGGUAAAACCUCUUAAAUCGUUUUAAAGUCAGUUUUAAGCAGAAACGAGGCGAUACUCCAUGAUGCCUUGAAAUGACAGACGCGCAGUGAUCGCAUCAGCUAACAGCUCGUGUAGCUGCGGCGCUCUGAUCGCUUCCUCCGUCUUUUCUGAUGAAAUAAUGCUGAAUUUAGGUGGAAAUGAUUGUUGUACAAAAGCUUCAGAUAUCUGUCGCUGAGAUAGAUGAUGACUGGAGUCACGUUUGAGACAGAAACGUGAUAAUCUGUGAACCGCAGCUAAUGACACAUGCACAAUGAAGGCAGAGUGGACCGAUUUUAGGGGGGAACCGUUCGGUCGGCGACACCGGAACACCUGUUGUUUUGCUCCACAGCACCAAUAUGGAGUGUACUGAAAAGAUGAGCACAAGGCUGCAACAUAAAAUGUGAAGGAGUAUGAAGAGCAUUAGUGUGAGUGUCAGUGUGGUUUCACCUGAUCCAGAGCUGUGGGCGGAGCCAAAGAGCACUUUUCCACAUUAAUCAGCAGCACCCUUCAGUUUCGAUGUGUAGCCAAAUACAGAUGCUGAUAUACUCGUCCCGGUCCUGCACAGGUUAGCGCUGUCAGACGGUGAAAAUGUGUCAGUAUCCUGUUUCAGACUGUACAUAGUGCAGACGUGUGAGUGUUGGAAAUGACUGAGGUGUUUCUUUAAGAAAGA